GAAGAAGAGUGGGAGGCUUUCAAGAAAGAGAAGUUCUAUAAAAAGCUGAUUUCUACCUGGCCGAAACUUAAGGGGCCUCCAGGGCCGCAUGGACCUCCUGGUGAUGACGGUCCAAUUGGGCCACCUGGAAUUCCUGGGAAACAAGGACGAAAAGGAGUUCAAGGGAAAAUCGGCAGUCCUGGACCACAGGGUUUGCCGGGUCCCCAGGGCCGACCCGGAGAAGAGGGGACCCCAGGAGGGAACGCUGAUCCAGGCCCACCAGGUUUACCUGGAGAACAGGGGCCCACAGGCUACAGAGGAGAGAAGGGCAGCAAAGGGGAGCUGGGGUUAUCAAGGGGAGCCUGGUCCACAGGGGAACAGAGGUCAAAAAGGAGACAAGGGAAAUAAAGGAGUCAGAGGCCUCGCUGGUGUCCCCGGCUACAUAGGACAUCCUGGAGCCAGGGGUCCUCAUGGUUUUCCAGGACCAUCAGGACCUCAGGGAGAGAUUGGAGCUCCAGGCUUUAGUGGACCGCCAGGCCCACCUGGGAAAAUGGGACCCAUAGGAGUAAAGGGUCACAUAGGAGUUAAAGGACCUCCCGGUCAUCAAGGUGAAAUGGGCCCCAGAGGAGCAGCUGGACUACAGGGAGAGCCUGGUCCUGGAGGCAUGGUUGGGUUUCCCGGCAUCCGUGGCCCUCAGGGAAAGCCAGGACCAGAUGGACCUCCUGGUCCUAAAGGUGACCCUGGUGAUCUAGGAGAUGAAGGGGACAUAGGGGAACCUGGACCACCUGGACUUAAUGGAGCCAAUGGGAAUCCAGGAAAGCCUGGACCCUCAGGUGAUCCCGGGGCUAAAGCCAAGCAAGGUCAGAAGGGUGAUCUAGGUUUUAAGGGAGACCUGGGACCUCCAGGGCCUCCAGGAAAACAAGGAUCUAAGGGGCGUAAAGGUCCUUUAGGACUUGAGGGACUUGGAGGACCAACAGGGCCACCAGGACCUCCUGGAUAUAGUGGGUUUGAUGGCAUCAUGGGGGAGCAAGGAAAGCAGGGAAAAGAUGGACUGAAGGGAGAUCGAGGACCAAGCGGUAUUCAAGCAGUUCCUGGGCCUCGAGGCGACAAGGGUCGAGAAGGUCGGGCAGGAUUUUCUGGAUUGCCAGGUCCAAUUGGAGAAAUGGGAAAAUCUGGAGAGAGAGGACGUGAAGGAGAACCUGGUAUUAAGGGAACACCUGGAGUCCCAGGAGUGACUGGACCUAAAGGCCAAAAGGGGUUUCAUGGUCAUUUAGGUAACAGGGGUCAGGAUGGACCUCUUGGAUCUGCGGGGCCCAUUGGUCCAAAAGGAAUGAAUGGGGACACCGGACCUCCUGGACCAAAAGGAUUACCUGGGAAGACUGGAGCUUCUGGCCUUCAAGGACCUGUUGGGAAGAGUGGAGAAGCUGGCAGCCGAGGAAUGGAAGGGACACCAGGAAAGCCAGGGGGAAGAGGGGUUAAAGGUAAACAAGGCCCAGGAGGGCUUCUAGGAAGUAAAGGCUUAAAGGGUAAGAGAGGAGAGGAUGGACCAAGGGGGAAACAGGGCAGCCCAGGUGAGAUGGGCAUGGCUGGACCACAGGGAUACAGAGGAUCUGUUGGUGUUCAGGGUAACAUUGGACCAUGGGGGGAAAUUGGGCCCCGUGGCCUUCCAGGUGACCCAGGGCAACAUGGUCCAGUUGGCCCCCUUGGAGUUCCAGGUUACCCAGGUAAAGAUGGACUUCAAGGACCAACUGGCUCAGCUGGUGUCAAAGGAGAUAAUGGAUCAAGAGGAAUUUUGGGACCAGAGGGAGUUGCUGGUCUCGAUGGUGAGGAGGGUCCAGUUGGACAGAAGGGACCUGAGGGGCCAGUUGGACAGAAAGGCUUAUCUGGAGACAAGGGGAACACUGGACCUCCUGGACAAAAGGGGCCAAAGGGAACUGAAGGAAACAGAGGUAACCAAGGGCCACAGGGAGCAAAGGGGCCACCAGGGAAACAGGGAUACAGGGGUGCACGAGGAGACAGGGGGAAACUAGGUGUUCCAGGGCUCAAGGGUGAACCAGGUACCAGAGGUCCAUCAGGCAGACCUGGACAGUUUGGACCAGGUGGCAACACUGGGGCAGCAGGGGCCAAAGGCCAUAAGGGGCUCCAGGGACACACUGGCCCCCAUGGCAGUAUAGGUCCCCCUGGACAAAUUGGACCAUCAACACCAGGUUUGCCAGGCAACAGAGGUGUUGAAGGCAAAAAAGGAGGUCUUGGACCAAAGGGAACUCAUGGUGAGAAAGGAAAACCCGGUCUUCCUGGUAUCAAAGGAGAGAUGGACAUUAGAGGUAAAAAGGGUGCAAAAGGAGAGCCUGGGACCAGAGGAAUAAUGGGGACUGUGGGAAAGAUGGGGUUCAUUGGCAUUCCAGGUGCUAAAGGUCGACCUGGACCUCGUGGUCCUCCAGGUCUUCCAGGAACUAAAGGAAUUCAAGGGUCAAAGGGAAAAAGAGCCCAGCCUGGAAGGAAAGGAAACAAAGGAGCUCCUGGAAAAAUUGGAGCAGAAGGCCCACUGGGUAGACCAGGACCUGUUGGACCACCUGGAAAACCCGGCCUAAGCGCUUUGGAUGGGUUGCUAGGGGUUGAGGGAAAUCCAGGCGAUCCGGGUGAUAUUGGUUUCAUAGGUGCUCCUGGAUUACCUGGCAGGCCUGGCAAAAUGGGGAAACCUGGACCUCCUGGGAUCAGGGGAAACACCGGAGCAGCAGGCUUCAAGGGUAAAGCUGGACCAAAAGGAAAACAAGAGCCGCCUGGACCAAUGGGGCCUAAGGGUAUUCCUGGACUGAGAGGAGAGAAGGGCGAGUCUGGACGUACUGGGCCAAAGGGUUUCCCAGGUAAAACAGGUAUACUGGGUCCAAUCGGGCCACCUGGGCUAAAGGGGAAUCCUGGUUUGCAGGGGCUAAAAGGUCAGAGAGGUCAUAAAGGAAAGCUGGGGCAUACCGGUCCUCCUGGUCCACGUGGUCCAAAAGGCUUCCUUGGACUUCCUGGUCAGCUUGGAAAGAAGGGGAUGAAAGGUGUUCAAGGUGGGAGUGGACCAAAGGGAGUGAAGGGCAAGCGUGGACCUCCUGGAAAACCAGGUGCACCAGGAAAACGCAGACCUACACACAGAUGGGGAUCAAAUCCUCAGCCGAAACCAGGUCAAAGAAAGGAGAUACGGCCUAAAACAAGACCCAGUACAAGAUCAAGACUGAAUAAUGUGCCAAGAUUGAGACAAACAACCAGCCUCCUGAAGCGAAGGGGAGGACAAAAAAAAAGGCCAAGGCCGGGGUCUAGUAGAUGGUUUCAAGGAGAUGAGGAGGCUGAGGAAUCCUUCAGCUGGCCCCAGGGAACCAAAGACGACCCUGCCACCACCUGCUACGAGUUGGGGCUCAUACACCCACAUCUGAAUGAUGGUUCCUUUUACAUGGACCCAAACCAAGGCUGUCCCUAUGAUGCUUUGAAGGUAUUCUGUAACUUCACAGCUGGAGGGACAACCUGUAUUGACCCUUUACAAUCGCAGAUUAAAUUAAGUUGGGAACCAGAAAUGGAGAAGUCAAAAAUGUCUAUCCAGUGGUUUAGUCAGCAGCAUGAUGAAAACAAGUUUGAGUAUGCUGGUGUGGAUGUUGUCCAGCUGAGAUUUCUGCGGUUACACAGCCACACAUCUUUCCAGCACAUGACUGUCAGCUGUACAGCAAACCAGUCCACUACUGCUGGCACGGCUAAUUCAGCCAAUAGGAUUAUUCACUUCCUGGGGGACUCUGGCAAAGAAAUUAUUUCACACCUUACCACCGUGUCCAAGAAAGGCUGCGAGGUGGAGGUGGCUGUGAAGGUUCGGGGGAGCACAGAACUACAUCGAGGUGAUAUGGAGUUACUUCCUGUCAGAGAUCUGGGUGUCGAGAUGAGGUCGUUAUCUCUUCUUGUGCCUGAGAUCACUGUUGUUUUGGGACCCCUCUGCUUCUUGUGACCUAUAAUGAUUGUGUGUGUGUGUGUGUGUGUGUGUGUGCGUGUGUGUGUGUGUG